GCUUACGCAAGUCCAAAAGCAUAGAAGCCAAGCAACAAUGGGAAGACCAAAGGGAGGAAUGAACCAAAAAGCCGCUGCUGCCAUGGAAAGGAAGGCCGCUGCCCAGGCAGUAAAGGAUUCCAAAGCUGCGGCACAACGUGAAAAAGAUCUACAAGCCGAAUGGUCCAAGGGGGCCAACAACAGAGGAGCAGCGCGAUCCGAGGCAAAUGCGGCUAAAGCGGACGAACAAGCCAGAAAAAAACGAGAAAAAGCAGCAUUGUUAGCUGCGGAAGAAGAAGCCCUGGGAAACGGUGGGAAGGCAAAGAAAGUGCCUACACUCUCAAAGAAGAAGGGGAAAAAGAAAAAUGAUUUGUCUUUGCUAGAAGACGCGCUCGUGAGCGGAGCCGAAAAGAAACAAAAGGCGAAGAAGAAAGCCGAACUUGCCAAGGCCCAAAAGUUGAAGACGAACGAAGCGAAACAGAAGUUGGAAAAGGACAAACCRAUGGAUCCACUGCUAGCAAAUACGGAAGACAUGAUGCAAGGAGCGACUGAUGAUAUUGUUGGACGAGCUGCAAAUAAAGCUUUGGAUGAAGAACAUGCUCUCAGCGGAAUCAAUGCUGCUUUAGAUCAAAUGACUUUAGGCAGCGGCAGUCAGAAUAUGUCAACAAAAGGUUUAUUCAAGGCAUACGAAACGAGAAUGAUGCCGGAAGUAAAACACGAUUAUCCAGGAUUGAAACUGUCUCAAUACAAAGAGAAGAUAUUUCAGAUGUGGAAGAAAUCACCCGAAAAUCCAGCAAAUCAUCAAUARAUCACCUAAUUCCAACCGACAUCCUCUACUGACACUUCCAUAGGCGGCUCUCGGUGCCAUUGCAGAAGCGAUUUGGCCAAUGAUACUCAAUAUACCUUCGUAUUGAAAUUAUAGUAAGAUUUUCGGAUGAAAGUAWUCGUUGCGUUUCGAGUCCAUGAGAAAGUUCCGAACAAUUCAGAAGUUUCCGUAUUGAGGCAUUGGGUUUAUUUCAAGAGCAUUCCAUUUUCAAACAAUGUUAAAGACAGCAGAUGAUCAUCCUUUCAGCCAAAUUUAGGAUUAAAAAUAAUUGUAGAAGAUUCGAAAUAAACUACAUCGUGGAAAUUUCGUAUUUUCAUGCCAUCUAUACUGCAUUACCGUGGACUGCAACGCGAGAAGUUUCAAAAGCAACAUCAAACUUUGAAUUCUGACGAAAUCGCUCAGCGCAUUAAUUCGUCACCUCAAUCAUUCCCAGAUCAAUCAAAAUCUGAUACGCUCGCUCCUCGACGCUCGAGAUUGCAGCAUAACGCGCCGCCAAUUCCGCCUCCUUCAGUGGUGAUUUCGGCUGUGCUCUUGCUUCGACGUAUUUUUUGCCACCAAGAGGCAGAAUUGAACUCUUCUUURCCUCGCUCAAGGCUAUGGCGCCGGUCCUCUCUUCACGGUCUGGAAGAAUUGUUUCUUCCCCCACAUUUUGAGGACGACCAUCAUCAAUUUUGCUCUCCUCGCCAGAGAUCAGGCUCGAUGCAUUGGCUUUCUUCUUUAGCAAGGUCAAGCUUACAGCU